AUGGAUCCCCAUCACGAGGACGAACCACCGUAUUUCGACGAUCUUCCACCACCGCUCCAUCACAACCACCUAAGCCACCUUAAUCAUCUCGACCUGGAUCGGGUACCGCACAGCGGCAGUAGUGGUAGUCCUCCGGAAAAAUCCCGCAAGCAUCGAUCCAAAUCGGACAGUAGCCAGUCGAAACCUCACCACCAACGGGGGAAUGGGGCCGCUGGAGCGGGACAAAAGUCGAACUCAAAUGGGCAUCAUCAUCAUCAUCACCACCAACACCAUCGGCAUUCGAAAAGCAGGUGGGCGGAUUCGGUCCUGUCCAGUGAUUCGGAUAUUCGGUUCACCCGGCAGAAGCUGGGUGACAAUCAGAAGUGUGGCUAUGCGCUGAUUGCCGGCUUUUUGCUGAUACUUUUGUUUGCCGGCGUCGUUGUUUAUGUUGGAUACACCUACCUGCGACCCGAACCCCUACCGGAUCGGAUAUUCCGUGAUCGGGGUGACAACUGGACACUCGAACUGGCCGACCAAAACUCGCUUCGAUUUCAGCACCGUGCCCGAGACUACCGAGAACGAAUCAAUCUAAUCAUGCGACGAUCUGACCUGCGGGAACCGUACGAGGGUAGUGAAAUUCUCGCGCUGGAUGGUAACGAAGGCGAGGACGUCACGCUCCACUUUGCCAUGUACUUUGACCCGUACGCCGAGCUAGUCUCCAGCGCCGAUCUCCACUCGAUCCUGAUGGAAGAAAUCAUCUCCGACCAUCCACGGUACUUCCGCAACCUAACCAUCGACCCGUCUAGUUUGAUAAUCAAAGAAGUGUUGGGUCAGUUUGACGACAUGCCUGGUACUUCGUCGUCGCCAUUGGGUGGCACAGACGACAUCCCAAAUGAAGUAGUGACCACCAUGCAACCACCUCGCAAAUGUGAACCGUUUCGUCUAAGCUAUUGCCGUUCGGUUGGCUACAAUGUGACCACCUAUCCGAACUAUUUCGGGCACAAUUCCGUCGAAGAAGUGGAAGCUGAUCUAAUCUCGUUCCGUGAACUGGUGGAUGCGGAAUGUUUCCGACAGGCCUUCGAUUUCAUCUGUCGGCUGUUGCAGCCUCCAUGCGAGUAUCGACGAAUUGAGGAGCCAACUCGUCGGGUCUGCCGACAAUAUUGUCAGGCAUUUUUGAGCGGGUGUGGUGAUCGAUUGCCGGAGCGGUUCAAGAAGUUUUUUGAUUGUGAGCGAUUCCCGGAAUCGACGGGUAUUCAGUCCUGCUACAGUCGACCGGGAUGUGCCACGGAACUACAAACGAAUGCACUUUCUUCGAGGUUGUGCGAUGGGAUUGCCGCCGACUGUCCGGAUUUGUCGGAUGAAAAUACUUGUACGUUCUGCCCGUACGGAGCAAUCUACUGUGGUCGUGGUCGGGUUUGUUACGCCAGGAAUGCUCGGUGUGACGGGAAGAUGGAUAGCGACGAGAAGGAUUGCCUUUCUAUUUCCCCUCAGGUGACGUACCUAACUUUUCCGACGCCAAUUGUGCCGUACCGUCCUCGCUUCUACCCGGAAGGCUAUGCCGUGUUCUCCGAGAAGGGUAUCACCGGAAAGUUGUGCUCCGUCGGGAUGGAAUCGAACGACUACGUGCGAAACACAGUUUCCGAAUCACUUUGCAAGGCUCUUGGUUUCAAACGGGUUGAAUAUUCGGAGGUACGUAAUGAUACGCAGCGACUGGAAAUCCUGGUCCGGGUAUUGGAUCCAAGGGCUUCGGAGAUUGCUUUCGUGAGAACCACCUGUCAGAGCAAGCAGUCUUUGUACGUGAGUUGCGGACAGCUGGAGUGUGGCGUUCAGUCGGCUCUGCAAAGCAAUCCCAAUGUAGGACUUUCGAAGAUGGCGGCUCCGGGAGAUUGGCCCUGGCUGGCAUCACUGUUCCGAGCGGAUACGCACGUUUGUGAUGGUUCAUUGGUAUCAUCUGAUUGGGUCCUAACGACAGAAUCCUGCUUCCAGGGACAAGCAAAAGUUACAUAGAUUGCAACAUUUGGAGCCGUUCGUCUUUCAUCGAAUGCCCCUUGGACACAGAGGCGACGUAUUAUCGGCAUGGUCAAGUCCCCAGUCGAGGGCAGCACCGCUGCUCUGGUACGCCCGGUAAGCUACUCGGCCUUUGUUCGCCCAAUCUGCCUACCGGACAUCCCGCUGAAGGAAACCAUCGACCGCAGUGACCAGGUAACACCAACUUCUCACGCCGAGCGGUUCUCCAACACCCGGCAACGGAAGCGCAUCAAAGAAAAUCGGCAGUACUUUGAAAUUCCGGGCGACGAAGAAACGUCCGAAGAUUACAGCGAAAUAACCGAAGCGUCCCGCUAUUCGAUCAAUGAAUUCACGGCCGAAUUCGCCGACGAGGGUGCCCAAAUCCCGAAAGCCGAAGCAGUUGCAGCGGUUAGCGCAGCUAAAGACCCCUAUCCUCUUCCGGAGACCUCACUGCAGACGCACAACCACAUCUCACCGGUGAAUCACAUCGGAAAUAGCUUCCAGCCACCGAAGGCGAAACCAACCGUUUGGACCAACUGUUAUACUCUGGGCUGGAGCCGGCAGCGGGAUCAUCUGCAGCGAGUUCAGCUCAAGAUCAGCGACAUGAAACCGUGCGAGAAUGUUUCGAUUGCAACCGUGAACAGUAUGUGCACGGAGGCGGCCUAUCACAAACAGGACUGUAGCGAGGAGGAAUUCGCUGGAAGUCCCGUGGUCUGUCUGCUGGCAACCGAACGGAAGUGGGCUCUCGUUGGGGUCGCUUCCUGGAGGAUUGCCUGCGCGCCGAACGGAGUCGAGCGGCCCCGGAUGUACUAUAAGAUUACGUCCAACAGUCAGUGGAUAUGGGACAUUAUUGCGAUCCCGGUGUAGGCUGACGGAACGGCGCAUGUGUGAUUAAAUCAUGUGCAAAUAUUAAGCUUAGUGUGUGUGAUUGUGUAAGUAGCCGAGGAGUGAGCGAGAGUCCCUUCCUGGGAGGGGGGGAUACUGUUGGAAAGAUAUGUACUUGUUAUUGCCAUUUGUUUAUCUUGAAGGAAAAGACAGAAUCGAUUGUGAAUUUUACACCUGAUGUAAAAAAUGUACACCUUGAACUAGACUAAAAAUGCUCUGCCCAAAACAAACUACCCAAACCAACAAAAAACACUUGUGAGAAUGAUCAUUUUUACGUGUUAUAUUGUGUAUAGUUAAUAAUUAAAAAAAAUUGUUUUAAACAUAUUUUUAAACGAAAUGUGAAUUGUUAUGUUGCUAAACCCUCCAACUAGACUGCUUUU